UGAGCGAUGAAGACGAAGGCAUGAUCUCCUUUUUCUGCUUCGCUGUUACCACCUGACACAUUACGCUCUAAAUCUCUCGCUCGCAUUCAUCGAUCAUCGCUACAAGCUCCGGCCAUGUCGCGGGACGCGAGGCCUUGACAUGAACCCCGCGCUCUCCUCGACGUCCUCCCUGUCGACCUCGUCGGGGACGGCGUCGCCGUCCGCCACCUCCGCUUCGGCGCCGAGUUCCUGGAUCGCCGGCAUUGUCCGCGGCCGCUCCGACAAGUCCGGCAGCGUCCGGAUGUCCGGGAGCUCCUCCGCCGCCGCCGAUGCCGGCCCGAUCAAGGGCAAGAACCAAUUCCGCGGCGUGCUCUUCAAGUACGGGACCAAACCGAUUCAGGUUGCAUUUAAAACGGGUGAAUACAAGCAGCAAGUCAUUUUCAUUGGCGGUCUCACUGAUGGUUUUCUGGCGACAGAGUACUUGGAACCUCUUGCAAUUGCUUUGGAUAAGGAGCAUUGGUCACUUGUUCAGUUGCUGAUGUCUUCUUCUUAUUCUGGCUAUGGCACCUCCAGCUUGCAACAAGAUGCUGCGGAACUUGAUCAAUUAAUCAGUUAUUUAAUCAACAAAGAAGAUUCUGAAGGUGUCGUACUCCUUGGUCAUAGUACGGGUUGUCAGGAUAUUGUGCACUACAUGCGUACAAAUGCUGCCUGUUCGAGAGCUGUUCGUGGUGCCAUCUUGCAGGCCCCAGUUAGUGAUCGUGAAUACAGAGCAACUCUUCCAGAGACUGCUACUUUGAUUGACUUAGCUUCAACCAUGAUCAAAGAAGGGCGAGGAUCAGAACUGAUGCCCAAAGAAGCAGAUGCAAGUGCUCCAAUUACUGCUAAUAGGUUCUAUUCCCUCUGUGCAUAUAUGGGUGAAGAUGACAUGUUCAGUUCCGAUCUUACUGACGAUCAGCUGAGAACGAGACUUGGGCAUAUGUGCAACACUCCUUGCCAGGUUAUCUUUUCUAUGGGUGAUGAGUAUGUGCCAGAGUAUGUUGACAAGAAAUCUUUUGUUGAAAGAUUGUGCAGAGCCCUGGGUGGGGCAGAGAAGGUUGAAAUAGAGCAUGGUAAUCACUCGCUCUCUAACAGAGUUUCUGAAGCUGUCCAGGCUAUUAUUGACUUUGUCAAAAGGGAGGGUCCCAAGGGUUGGGAUGAUCCAUGGAACUAGCCGGGCCCCUUUUCUACUUCCCACACCAUUUUUGGUCUACUCCCGUUUUUUCCUUUUAAGUUUCCAGGCAUGUCGAAUUUUUUUUUUCUUUUUUGCCUUUCUAUUGCUGCAUUAUUUUAUAAAUAGCUUCCAUCUAAGUUUCCCUCAUUCAUUUAUUUUCUCAUUGUUAAAAAUGUAAAGCAGUGAACCUUUGAUUGACUGAAGGGGUUGCCUUACAAUUUCAUAUCAGAUUUUGUAGUUGUAUGUUCCUAGAAAGAAAUGGUCAUAAUAUCAUGUUUGACUUUGUUUUGCUUUGCCAAACCCAAUUUGUGAAGAUCUGUUUAUUCAGUAGCGUGUGUUUGUGUAUAUAUAGAGAAAAUUAAGGACCGAACGUUUUAAUGGGUACUGAGAUGGAUUUUAGGUCCAUUUAUUUUCUUGUGAAUUUUACUUUGACGGUAUAGUAGCAGCUUGAAGAAGUUGCAGUGUGCACGUCAUAACAUGGGUGGACAUGGUGUUUAAGUCUGUUUAAUUCUCGAAUGUGC